AUGAACUUUUUAGACCAUGAAAUUGGAGAUGAAAAAGUAGAACUAGAAGAUGAAAACGCAUUUUCAGAAGAUAGCGAAUUAGCAGAAAUGAAAAAAUUGAUUGAAGAAACAAAAAAAGAAAUAGAGCAAAAACAAAAAAUUGGAAACCAAGUAAACAAACAAUUGAACACUGUGCCAAUCAUCUCUUCAGCUGCAGAAAUCGAUGCAAAGUCGAUCUGGGUUGGAAAUGUCGACUACGGAACCAGCGUUUAUGAGUUGGAAGAGCAUUUCAAAAACUGCGGGGCAAUCGUCAGAGCCACAAUUCUGCACGAUAAAUACAGCGGCAAGCCGAAAGGUUUUGCCUACGUUGAGUUUGUGAACGCCUGCUCUGUGGAGCUCGCACAGACUCUCAACGAGACAAUCCUGCGUGGAAGACAGAUAAAGAUAACAGCGAAGAGGGUCAACAUUCACGGACUGACAACGACCAACGGGAGAUGCAGAGGAGGAGGCGAGAGAAGAAAAGCAGGAAGUGCUACAGGAAGAGGAAGAAGUCGGUAUGCAUAUGACGUGGCAGCAGAUGCCGCGAGAUUUGCAACACAUGCACAACAUCAAUUCCCAGCAGGCCGGGGUGUGGGUCGCGGAAGGUCAUGGAGGACAUCUCGUCACACCCCUUACUAG